AUGAAUCCAGGUCAUCGCAAUGAGCCAUUUAGCCAAAAUGGACACCAAGAGUCUACCUACAGCUCGUCCAUUGAAGUUAUUUCACCAAAUGGAGACCUGAUACUUGAGUAUAUUGCUUCCGGGGACACUUCAUCGUCAACAAAGCGCAAAUGGCAGGUGGCAAGUGAGCUCCUUGCCUCCAACAGUCCAUAUUUUCAAGCCUUGCUGGACCCUACGAAGUUCGCCGAGGGACGGCAGUUCAGUGCUCAGAAGCAAGCUUGGAAUGAAUCUCAAGCGGCCAAUCUAGCUUCACAGCAUGCUUUACCAACAGUCAAGCUUCCCGGAGUCCUGUCCACCAACUUGUGCGGAGAAGAUGCCAUUGAGCUCUUUCUGAAGAUUCUGUGUCUCGAUUCUUUCGAUGAGACAGAAAGAACUAUAUUUGAAGAUGCGCUGAAGACCCAGUCUACAUCGCUUGUUGCGAGAAUGAUUGAUCUUGCGGAUUCGCUCAGUUCCCCCAGUGUUGUCCGGAUUGUCUUGCAGAGAAUUGGAUACUCAUAUGGCAAAUUGAAACCGUCACUUCUUGCUAGGUUUAACUCUGCACACCUGUCAAUGAAGGAGGAUCGAAUCCGGCAAAUCAUAUUCAUAUCCGCCUUCCUCGAUGAUACAGGGCUUACUAGAAUUAUGACUCAUGCCUUGCUGAUCAUGGGUUCCAAAUUCUGGAUCAAUGGGCUGGAAGUCCCGGAGGAAGAACCAUUUCGCUGGAGAUACCUACCAAAUGGAUUAGAAGAAGAAAUUUAUUACCGUCGUCAAUGUGUUCUGAACACCAUCACCGAUUUACAGGCUCAUUUUCUUCGAGUUUACGGAGGUCUGGAGGAUCCCGACAGCACAAGAUCCGCGGCAAACAACAGAACAUUAGGCGCCGCAUUUACAGCAUCUGCACAUACGCUCCUCCAAUCCCGUCAAUUCCAAUGCCGAGGAGGGUUCAACAAUGCCAGCCAAUGCGAUAUUUUCCAACUGGGCCAAAUGAUUCGAUUUUUCUCAAUGCGCGCCAGGACCAUCUUUUUAGGGUCAACUCUGAUAGAUCCCGACUUUGACCUGACCCCAAAUGAAGAUGACCAUACAAUUGGUGGAGGCCGGAACGAUCAACUCCCAGGCCCACCAUCUGAUAUUACCACCAUCAUCGCCUCCAUGAAACAAUAUCCUGAUUAUGCAAUCGACGAAGCUCACACUGGCUGUGGUGUGCGACGCCGAAUCAUGCCUGCAUUGGAGUGUGUUGAAAAGUUCGUCUGGGAUGACCGCGGCCUGCUUGGUAUCACCCCUGCGGUCUCGAAUCUUCCUGUUUCAAACGUAUCCCGGCCUUCGAAAUGGACUGUGUGGGCGGAGUUCCCGCGCAAGAAACACAUGGUAGAUAUUUCUUUUGCGAGGGUUACUGCUGUGUACUACCCUUCGGCACCGUCGAAAAAUCAAGUCACCCGCUCUACGCCGCAGGAUGAACUUGGACGGUUGCUUUUUACUGCUGCUCGGAGGGAUUGGAGCGCGGCCGGCUCGGGAUGA